AUGUGUGAUGAUAAUGUCUCCAGAACAAGUCGGAGCGGCAGUACCUCUAAAACCAAAAAAGGAUUCCUUUCAAGGACAUUGGGGGUAAGUCUUCGAUUUUUUGUUCGGUUUUUAGAUCAGAAAUGGAAGUGAUUGUUGAAGAUGAAGCUAAAGGAGGGUAUUGGCACCAUUUUACAAUUUUUUUGAACUGAAAAUUGGCUCUUUUUUAGGUUUGAUGUUAAAUUUUUUGGGUUUGGAGCCAUGUCUAAGAUUAGAUUUGUCGAUUAGGUACAAACAGGGUUUCGUAGGUCCCUAAAAAUUUUUGAAAAGCAUUAUUGGGGUGUUCUCUUGGUUUCAGCUCAUUUCUCAUUUGUGAUGCCCCAUAAAGAAUUAUUUUUUAAUCAAAUUUAUACUUUACAUCUAGUGUAAUAUAAAAUAUUGAUAUUUUUAGAAACUAAAGGGUAAAGCCGAGGAGCAUGAACUCGAAAAGCCUCAGGAAGAGGUCCGUGAAGAAAUUCAAGAGGAAGUGAAGGCUCCCUCAGUCGCAUCCAGUUCAAAAACAGAUGAUGAAGCUUCAGAGCAAUCAGAAAGUGACAAUGAUUCUAUUGAUGGUGAACACACUGUUGGAUCUCGCAAACAAUCAAGCCAGGAGGAGGGUGAAAAGGAACCGGCCGAAGUUACAGAUGAGUUGGAUGAAAGUGCACAGAGGCUGAUGGAGAUCCUCAAAAUUAAAAGCCCCUCCGACUUGACUGAUUCCGAGUCAGAAGAAAUUAAGAAAGAAGAGAGUAAACCUCCAGUUCGCAGUAAGAAACGACUUGCUGAUGUCGAGAAACUCAAGUUGAUUGUGAGUUUUUUUUGGGUUUUUGAUUGAAUUUUAGGUGAAAGAAGAGAAUUGUAUCUUUGAGAAUAUAAUUUUGCUGAUUCAUGUGCUUAUUGCAACAUUUUUCAGCAGCAAAUCCUCCCCAAGCCGGUAAUCAAGAGUGUCAUUGUUCACAAGCACCCUGUAACCAAUGCUGUGGCCGAGAAACAGCCCGUGGCCCAGUCCGACGUUCAAGCCGUUAUUGUUGAAACUCGCCCUCAACGCGCUUCGGAUGGCCUGAAAUGGCAUACAGAUCGUCCGUCGCCUGGUGGACACGUAGAAGUCAACAAAUGGAUCCAAACAUAUGCACCAUUGGUUGUUCCCUUACAUUUGACGCAUUAUACUGAUAGCAAACAUUUCUACUUUGAUCAACCCAUCGAUUAUUUAAUUGCCUGGUCGGAUGGGCAUGAUUGCUGCGGAUUCGUGAAGCAAUACGAUGAUGCCACCGAGAACGUCCCAUUGGUCAUGAGAUUCGGGGGAUUUUGGACAAGUACUGCGGUGCGAAACAUGUAUGUGGGCUGCACGGUGCGCGUCCGCGGUUAUGUUCGAAUGAAGGAUCGAGAAGGAGGCCAAAGAGAUGUGGCCCCGAUCAUGACCAGAGGCUGCGAUGUAGGCAGCGUAUUGUUCGCGGGUAUCCCUUCCCCCUCGGCGUUCGCCAUCGAAUGGGCGGUGGUGUCGCGUCCCAAAAUUGUCCGCACCCUCGGUACUCUGGUGGAAGAUAAAUCUUAUCAACCGAAUGAUAAAGGAAAGCUGUUGCUAGGACGAGUGAAAGACUGCGAGUACGGUGAUGAGUACAUUGCAUGUUCGGAGAAAUGGCCGAUACCGGAAAUCAAGGAAUUACCUCCAGUUCCGUCGCCAGUCAUCUUGAACUAUGUUGAGGUAAGAAUUUUUAUUUUUUUCUUGAACUUUUAGAUGAAAUAAUGUAAAUCCAGACUGGUGAAGGAAGGAAUUACCUUAAUUUUACUUUUGGAAGCAACUCGGCUGGUCUUAAAUGCAAAAAUUACCUUAUUUUAGGUACUUCUUCCUAAGUUUUAAAAAAAAUAUUCUUAAAGGUGUUCAAAAACGCUCGUUUGUAGUUUAGGGUCUAAGAUGCGAGAUAUCUUUGUAUUCUUAACUUUUUUCAACCAAAAAAGUAUCGAAUUUUUUAUAGUGAUUGUAAUUUCGUCAAUAAAAUAAAAAUUUUCAGAUAACUGAACGUCAUGUGACUGUGAAAUGCAAAGAUAAGUACCUCCUGGCCCCAGAAUACAUGGAGUCAUAUUUCCGAACGUCGGAUCCAUCAGAUCACACCUUUUUAUUUGCCUGGUUAGACCUUUCGAUGACUCCAUCAAGAACAUUUGAUGAUAUCUGA